AUGCAGAUGGGUUAUGAUGCUGCACUGUUUCUGCUUCUUGCAUUUAUCACAUCACCUGCACAUUCUGCCUUGCUUGCCAACAGCUUCAGGGAUUGCAUGGCAACAACUUUUGGUUCUCAAUCCAUUGAAACAAUACUCCUCACCUCAUCCUCCUCACAGUAUCCGCAAGCAUUGCAAUCAUUCCAACAGAAUCCAAGAUGGCUCAACUCCUCAUCCUCAACCAAGCCUCUUGCCAUUCUAACACCACUCCAUCAAUCUCACAUUCAAGUAGCCAUUCUAUGCGCCAAGAAACUCGGCAUGCAUGUCAGAGUCAGAAGUGGUGGCCAUGACUAUGAAGGCCUGUCUUAUCUUUCAACUUAUAAGCCUCCAUUCGCCUUUGUCAUGAUAGAUCUCAACCAACAACGUUCCAUUGAUAUCAACCUUGCUGAUGAAACGGCUUGGGUUCAAGCUGGUGCUACGCUUGGUGAACUCUACUAUGAGAUUUCAAAAGCAAGUGGAGUCCAUGGAUUCCCUGCAGGGAUAUGUCCAAGUGUUGGAGUGGGAGGCCACAUCAGUGGUGGAGGAUUCGGCACCAUGUUGAGGAAGUUUGGAACUGCAGCAGAUCAUGUUGUUGAUGCUUACCUCGUUGAUGCGAAUGGCAACAUUCUUGACAGAAAAUCAAUGGGAGAAGAUCUCUUCUGGGCCAUAAGAGGAGGCAGUGCAACCAGCUUUGGAAUCAUUCUUGCAUGGAAGAUCAAGCUUGUGAGAGUUCCUCCAAUUGUUACUGGAUUCAACAUUCAGAGAACAUUGGAAGAAGGAGCCACAAUUCUCAUCAACAAGUGGCAACACGUAGCAGAUAAGCUGCACGAAGAUCUUUUCAUCAGAGUGGUUGCUCAGAAUCGUGGUGGUGGUUCAUCAUCAACAAUCCUAGCAAGCUUCAACUCUCUGUUUCUUGGAGGAAAAGAAAAGCUGAUGGCAACGAUGAAGGAGGAAUUCCCAGAAUUGAGGUUGGAAGCUAAAGACUGCAUUGAAAUGAGUUGGAUUCAGUCAACACUGUACUUUGCGGGAUACAGAAUAUGGGAACCAGCACAAGUGUUGCUUAACAGAAUCACCACUUACAAGAGCUCCUUCAAGGCCAAGUCUGACUUUGUGAUGGAUCCUAUACCGGAAAUUGGGCUACAAGGGAUUUGGAAUUUGCUUCUAAGAGAAGAUGCAUUGGCAUUGCUAAUAAUGGAUCCCUACGGUGGUAGGAUGAAUGAGAUUUCAGAAUAUGAAAUCCCUUUUCCACACAGGAAGGGAAACUUGUACAACAUACAGUACUUGGUUAAGUGGGAUUACAACAGCAUUCAAGCAUCCAAUAGGCAUGUAAAUUGGAUGAGAAUGCUUCAUACCUAUAUGACUCCAUAUGUUUCAAGAUCCCCAAGAGCUGCAUAUGCCAACUAUAGGGAUCUUGAUUUAGGUAGAAACCGCAAUCAUCAUACUCCUAACACAAGCUACUCAGAAGCAAGUGUUUGGGGUUUGAAGUACUUCAAGGGAAACUUCAAGAGAUUGGCACAAAUUAAGACAAGGGUUGAUCCCCAUAACUUUUUCAGGAAUGAACAGAGUAUUCCUAUCUUAAACUGACUUUCUUUUUCAGAUUUCAGAAGCACGUAGAUUCUUUCUCGUGUUGUUUUAGUGUGGCUAAGCAAAAGAGUAUCCAGUAUGUCAUUAUGUGGAACAUAUGCAU